CCCUGGCCAGUGCCAAUGAUUCACUGUGUCAACAUUUAGAAUCUAGUUAAAGAUCAAUAGCCGAGCUUGUGGGGAAAUGCCACCAUUUUAGCAGACACCCACAGAAAACGAAAAGUCUAGCUGAUCCCAGUUCCCUCCCUUCAACUUCUACCUGGAGCGCAGGAAUGUCACAGUCUGACGGUUGGCUCCUCACAGUACUUCUGGUCUCUGUCUGUUCCCUGUUUGAAUCAAAAGUGUUUCUGGAGCAGAGGCGUGCAGUGCAGCUGCUCCGAGGGCCCCGGCGGCCCAGGGCCAACUUCUUCCUUGAGGAGAUGAUGCCCGGCAACCUGGAGCGGGAGUGCUACGAGGAGACCUGUUCCCAGGAGGAGGCUGCUGAGAUCUUCCAGACCAAGGAGAAGACGAUGGAGUUUUGGUAUAGGUAUAAGAAUCUGAAUCCUUGCCACUACAACCCAUGUAAGAAUGGAGGAAUCUGCACCAUCGAUCGGGAUGGAUACCUCUGCCUGUGUCCCCCACGCUACGAUGGGAAAACCUGUGCAAUAGAGGUGUUUGAGUGCCAGUUUAAGAACGGCGGCUGUCUGCAUUACUGCACCAACCAGGAGCGCACCACAGGGGUCCAGUGCAGCUGUGCAGAGGGCUACCAGUUAGAUGAGGACGGCAAGACCUGCUCUGAAGCAGUGGCGUUCCCUUGUGGGAAGAAGCAGAGUGAGGCUUCCCUGCAUCGCUCUCUGCUGGACGAGUCCGAGGCCUUGACCCUCUGCAACUCUGACGGGAACCUCAACGUCUCCUUGGAGGGAGAAGGGAACUCAACUUCCACCCUGUGUGGGAUUAACUCAACCCAGCCAGGGGGGAACAGCACUGAACACAUGGAGGGUGUUAAUGACAACCGGAUAGUGGGAGGGCAGCUGGAGAGGCAGGGAGGAAGUCCAUGGCAGGUCAUGCUCUGGAGGGAGGAUGGGUAUGGCUUCUGUGGGGGAACUCUGAUCAGGCCGCGGUGGGUGGUCAGUGCCGCACACUGCAUGCAGGAAACCCCUGACCAUGUGACUAUCGGGGACUAUGACAAGCGGCGUCCCGACCCAGACGAGCAGAAGAUCAAAGUGGCGAAGGUCGUCGUCCACCCUCACUUCCACGACUACACCUUCGAUAGCGACAUUGCUCUUGUCUACCUCUCUGCCCCCGUGGUGCUGAGCCCCGUGGCGGUGCCCGCCUGCCUUCCCAAUGGUCAGCUGGCCCUCCACCUCCAGCGGGAGGACGUGAGGGGCAUGGUCACAGGCUGGGGCGCCACACAGUACCUGGGGCGCUCCUCGCGCUUCCUGAGGAAAGUCGCUCUGCCCGUGGUCGACCAGCAGAAGUGCAUCCGCUCCACGGAGCAGGUCAUCACGGACAACAUGUUCUGCGCCGGCUACCUGGAGGCCAGCUUGGACGCCUGCAGUGGGGACAGUGGGGGUCCCUUUGUGGUCAACUACCGCGGGACCUGGUUCCUCACAGGGGUGGUGAGCUGGGGGGAGAAGUGUGCCGCCAAGGGGAAGUAUGGCAUCUACACCCGGCUAGGGAACUACCUGCCCUGGAUACAAGAUACUAUAGAAAAGGCAGGUGCAUAACAGUUCACAUACCUGAGGUGCAGCUCGGAGACGAUCUCAGUUCAUUCCCUACCCCUUGGCCCGCCCUUCGAUGAUUUGCAGCUUUGAUCAUCUGAAGGGUCUGGAUAAGGUGCAAGCAGUUUAGUGGUGGCGCUUUACCAUAUUGCUUACACACCUGCGGAGAACGAAGGGUUAGGGACAAGGAACAAAUUGGGAGUGGCUGAUAAUGAAUUCCAAGUCAAACCCUAGCCCCUAAACAAUUUAUGUAGAUUGGAUCUGAUAGGCAUUAGCUUUUAAUUGCCCUCUGAGGAGGAAUUUAAACCAUAUAGGGUACAACUGUCCAAUCCUUUUUAGCGCUAUGGAAUAUGAGUUGCACCAGAGGGUCAGUUCCGAGGAUACACUGCAACAGAGCGUUCAGAUAACUGCAUUUUAAGUCAUGAUGUAUAAAUUGGAUAUCAUGUCAGAACAUUGCGGAUAGAAAUGCAAUGAAUAGAGCUUCAACCAGUUAGUUACCUUAUUUCAUUUUAUUGUGAAUAACAUAUUACAAGUUACCAAAGAUUUGACCACAUACAAACUGUGCAUAUUGUUAAUCAGGUACGAUUUUGUUCCCAGAGCACUUUCAGUUUCCCUGCCCCAUUAAAAACAAUGUACCCCAAAGUUUUAGGACUCUUAUGAAAUUUUAUUUAAACUUAACAGUACACGUGUUGCAAUAAGUAGUUUGAAUUAUUUCACUCAAAUCAAUGCGUCGUCCUGUUAAGACAUCAACAGUAGUGAAAUGAUAUAGUUCAAGGCCAUAGGUAACCUUUCUCAAAUAAAGAAGAGAAAUCAA